CAUACAGACGGUUGCGAGCGCGCUCCCGAAUCUUUUCCGUGUUCCACUGAUGUUUACCAGCGUGUGGGCGCGCACGUCUUCUCCUAGUUCCGUUUGGCGUCUCCGUGCGCGGUCCCGUUUGCUCACCCCCUCCUCGGUGCGCGCUCCCUGCUCUGGGGGUGAAGGCGAGAUUGAAUGAGGAGGAGGAAAGAAGUAGCGACGCAGCGGCGCGGCGGCCUCCUCCCCUGAGAUACACAUACACCGGGCGCACAGGCAAACAGCGUGACAGGCGCAGAGCCCGGUGCUAGGGGGAGGCGGGGGACGACUCUGCAGUAUCGUCUGCGGUGUCCCGGGGACGCUCGGGGAGGUGCUGGUCAUGGAGGACAAGACGUUCACGAAGGAACUAGACCAGUGGAUCGAGCAGCUGAAUGAGUGCAAACAGCUCAACGAGAACCAAGUGCGCACCCUGUGCGAGAAGGCAAAAGAAAUCCUUACUAAAGAGUCAAAUGUGCAGGAUGUCCGAUGCCCUGUCACUGUGUGCGGAGAUGUCCAUGGACAGUUUCACGAUCUCAUGGAGCUCUUCAGAAUUGGGGGUAAAUCUCCGGACACAAACUACCUGUUCAUGGGAGACUAUGUGGAUAGAGGCUAUUACUCCGUGGAGACAGUGACUCUUCUUGUAGCAUUAAAGGUUCGUUACCCAGAGCGCAUCACAAUAUUGAGAGGAAAUCAUGAAAGUCGCCAAAUUACUCAAGUCUAUGGUUUCUAUGAUGAGUGCCUACGAAAGUAUGGGAAUGCAAAUGUAUGGAAGUAUUUCACAGAUCUCUUUGACUAUUUACCAUUAACGGCUUUAGUUGAUGGGCAGAUUUUCUGUCUUCAUGGAGGUCUCUCACCAUCUAUCGAUACGCUGGAUCACAUCCGUGCUUUGGAUCGCCUACAGGAAGUUCCCCAUGAGGGGCCAAUGUGUGACCUUUUGUGGUCUGAUCCAGAUGAUCGUGGUGGUUGGGGUAUUUCCCCACGAGGUGCUGGUUACACAUUUGGGCAGGAUAUUUCAGAAACUUUCAACCAUGCCAAUGGACUGACUUUGGUGUCACGUGCUCAUCAGCUGGUAAUGGAGGGUUACAACUGGUGUCAUGACAGGAAUGUGGUUACCAUUUUCAGUGCACCUAAUUAUUGUUAUCGUUGUGGAAAUCAGGCAGCUAUAAUGGAACUGGAUGACACCCUAAAAUACUCCUUCCUUCAAUUUGACCCUGCUCCGCGCCGUGGAGAGCCGCAUGUUACCCGACGCACUCCUGACUAUUUCCUAUAAGCAACCUUUACAUAUUUCCUUCAUCUGUGCAAUUAUACUUGGCAUUUAAACAAUGACAUAAACAUGUGUCUAUAUAUAGACAUGCAAACCAAGAAAAGAAACCAAAACAAAAUAAUGAAAAAUUGGAAUCUGCUUUUACAUCACCCCUGUGUUGUCUGUUCCUAGAAUACACUUUUCAUUUUCCCAGUUCAUAUUCCCAAAUAGGCUAAGAAACCAUCACGGACCAAAAUGUGCCAUACUGUUGAUGAAGCAUUUAGCACAAUUUGAGACUGCGGUUCAGAAUUGAAAACACACAGCCAGUCCAUUAGUCAGUUUGCCUGCUGUAUUUGUAAGUCAUGUUUCCUACUGAAAAGUUCAAUCGGUAAAAGGUAACUUGCAAGGCCUUUAUCUCCCUUUGCACUUACUUUGUAAAUUUUAGUUGUAGUGAUCAGCUGGCAUGACAGAUACCAUUUUGGAGUAAUUUUUAAGAAAAUACAUAAGCUAACCAUCCUCUGUAUAUUUUAUUUUUCUUUUCUUUUUUCAAAAAUACAGAUACAUUGGAGAAAUUUGACCUGAGUGUUUGCCAUAACAUUAAUGUACCUUUUUCUGUAUAUUUGUCAAGAAAGUGCUUGCAGCUCUUAUGGUGUAUUUGAACAAAUAAACUUUCAAUUGUAGACCUCCA